UCGUUGUCAUAGUGGCCUUUGGCCAAUUGCCAUUGUGUAUGCGGUAUUUGCCAUGCAACUUUUUGGUAGUUCAAUGGCUUUUACCAUACUUUCGCCCUUUAGUUACACAUCUUUAAGUUUUAAGAAUCUUUUAAACAGUGUGUUGCUCUCCAGCAAUGCCAAUUUGGCGGGCGGUGGACGUAAUCUCAAAUCAGAUGUUUUGGAAGAUGCUUCACUGAUAACGCCCAAAUUAAUACGCAAAUAUGGCUAUCCCUCCGAAACGCAUACAGUGGUAACCAAGGAUGGUUAUAUACUGGAAAUGCAUCGCAUACCAAAGAAAGGAGCACAACCAGUGCUGCUAAUGCAUGGCAUCUUAGAUACCUCAGCCACGUGGGUGUUAAUGGGUCCCAAGUCAGGUUUGGGUUACAUGUUAUCAGAUUUGGGCUACGAUGUAUGGAUGGGUAAUGCACGUGGCAAUCGUUAUUCGAAAAAUCACACCAGCCUUAAUAGUGAUUAUAUGGAAUUUUGGGAUUUUACAUUUCAUGAAAUGGGCAAGUAUGAUUUGCCAGCGAAUAUUGAUUAUAUUUUAGCCAAGACCGGCUAUGAUCAACUGCACUAUGUGGGACAUUCACAGGGUACUGCUGUAUUUUGGGUUUUGUGCUCGGAGCAACCCCAGUAUACGCAAAAAAUACUUUCCAUGCAUGCUUUAGCGCCCAUUGCCUACAUACAUGACAUGAAGAGUCCCCUCUUCCGCACUCUGGUAUUAUUUUUAGAUUUCCUAACGGCUGCCACACGCAUGUUACGCAUCACGGAAUUUAUGCCAAAUACAAAAUUUCUUGUUGACCACAGCCAGGUGGUGUGUCACGACAAUGCCAUGACACAGGAUGUAUGUUCCAACAUUCUCUUCUUGGUUGCCGGCUAUAAUUCUGAACAAUUGAAUAAGACCAUGUUGCCCGUCAUGCUGAGUCACACACCCUCAGGCGCAUCGAUCAAACAGCUUGAGCACUUCGGUCAGCUAAUGAAGUCGGGACAUUUCCGUAAAUUUGAUCGUGGAUAUUUGCGCAAUCAACUUGAAUACAAUCGCAUGACACCACCCGAUUAUGAUUUCAACAAGGUCAAAGUACCCGUGGCCCUCUACUACUCAAUGAACGAUAUGCUGGUGUCGACAACGGGCGUUGAUCGUUUAGCACGUGAAUUGCCACAAGUGAUAGACAAGUAUUUGGUGCCCAUGGAAAAGUUUAAUCAUUUGGAUUUCCUAUGGGCAAUUGAUGUUAAAACACUUGUCUAUAAUCGUCUGGUACGGAAUAUAAGACGUGUAGAGAAUUUCAAAUUGAAGCACAGCGCUAAUUUAGCAGCGAAUCUACAACAGCAGCAACAGCAGCUGCAGCAGCAACAACAACAACGUCAGGAAUUAUUAAAUAAUCAACAUACACUUGCACUGCCUGCGUUGCAGCCACCUCUACCACCAAAUCUAUCAAUUGCCAGUGUUAAUGCUCCAAUUAUGGCCACCACAAUGGCCACUACAACGGCACGCACUAUAACUACGACCACUCAUAUUCAGGCAGUUCAACAGCAACAGACUCAGUCGCAGCCCAUACAACAGCAGCAGCAACAACAAUCGGAGCAAUUACAAACCUUGCCAAGUGUCAUGACAACUGCGUGAAAUUUUAAAUGGGCAGCGUGAUUUUUUGUUAACGAAAAAAAAAUCAAUAUUUAAUAAUUAUGUUUCCUAGACA